GGAGCGCACGCGGGACCCGGACCCGGGGCCGGGAGCAGGCGCGGGGACUCGGGGACCCGGGACGGGGCUCGGUGACUCGGGGAGCGGCAGCCGGCCGGAGAUGCCCUGUAUCCAAGCCCAGUAUGGGACACCAGCACCCAGCCCCGGACCCCGAGACCAGCUGGCCAGUGACGCCCUGACCCCCGAUCUCAGCAAGCCCACCAUGGAGCUGGCCAGCCCCGAGGCGGCCCCCACGGCGCCCACCGCCCUGCCUAGCUUCAGCACCUUCAUGGACAGCUACGCCGGGGAGUUCGACACCUUCCUGUACCAGCUGCCGGGAGCAGCCCCGCCGUGCUCCUCCACCUCCUCCUCGGCCUCCUCGGCCUCGUCCUCCUCCGCCACCUCCCCUGCCUCCGCCUCCUUCAAGUUCGAGGACUUCCAGGUGUACGGCUGCUACCCCGGGCCCCUGAGCGGCCCCCUGGACGAGACCCUGUCGUCCAGCGGCUCCGACUACUACGGCAGCCCAUGUUCGGCCCCGUCCCCGUCCACGCCCGGCUUCCAGCCGCCCCAGCUGUCCCCCUGGGACGGCUCCUUGGGCCCCUUCUCCCCCAGCCAGACUUACGAAGGCCUGCGCGCAUGGACAGAGCAGCUGCCCAAGGCCCCUGGGCCCCCGCAGCCGCCCACCUUCUUCUCCUUCAGUCCCCCGGCCGGCCCCAGCCCCGGCCUGGCCCACAGCCCCCUGAAGCUCUUCCCCUCGCCGACGGCCCACCAGCUGGGGGAGGGAGAGAGCUUCUCCCUGCCCGCGGCCUUCCCAGGCCUGGUGCCCACGUCGCCACACCUCGACGGCUCACGGCUGCUGGACGCGCCCAUGACCUCGACCAAGGCCCGGAGUGGGGCCCCGGGGGCCAGCGAGGGCCGCUGCGCCGUGUGCGGAGACAACGCUUCCUGCCAGCACUACGGGGUCCGCACCUGUGAGGGCUGCAAGGGCUUCUUCAAGCGCACAGUCCAGAAAAACGCCAAGUACAUCUGCCUGGCCAACAAGGACUGCCCUGUGGACAAGAGGCGGCGAAACCGUUGCCAGUUCUGCCGCUUCCAGAAGUGCCUGGCCGUGGGCAUGGUGAAGGAAGUUGUCCGGACAGACAGCCUGAAGGGGCGACGGGGCCGGCUCCCCUCCAAGCCCAAGCAGCCCCCUGAUGCUUCCCCGGCUAAUCUCCUCACCUCGCUGGUCAGGGCACACCUGGACUCCGGGCCCAGCACUGCCAAGCUGGACUACUCCAAGUUUCAGGAGCUGGUGCUGCCCCACUUCGGGAAGGAGGAUGCCGGGGACGUGCAACAGUUCUACGACCUGCUGUCGGGGUCCCUGGAGGUCAUCCGCAAGUGGGCCGAGAAGAUCCCUGGCUUUGCCGAGCUGUCCGUGGGCGACCAGGACCUGCUGCUGGAGUCGGCCUUCCUGGAGCUCUUCAUCCUCCGCCUGGCCUACCGGUCCAAGCCGGCCGAGGGGAAGCUGGUGUUCUGCUCGGGGCUGGUGCUGCAUCGGCUGCAGUGUGCCCGGGGCUUUGGCGACUGGAUCGACAGCAUCCUGGCCUUCUCCCGCUCCCUGCACAGCCUGGUCCUCGACGUCCCCGCCUUCGCCUGUCUGUCGGCGCUUGUCCUCAUCACAGAGCGGCACGGGCUGCAGGAGCCGCGGCGCGUGGAGGAACUGCAGAACUGCAUCGCCAGCUGCCUGAAGGAGCACAUCUCGGCCGUGGCCGGCGAGCCCCAGCCGGCAGGCUGCCUGUCGCGCCUGCUGGGCAAGCUGCCCGAGCUGCGGACCCUGUGCACGCAGGGCUUGCAGCGGAUCUUCUACCUCAAGCUGGAGGACCUGGUGCCCCCUCCGCCGAUCGUCGACAAGAUCUUCAUGGACACGCUGCCCUUCUGACGCUGCCCAGGGACGCACAGCUACCCACGUGCCUUCAGCCCCCCGCCGACCCCCGGGCCUGAGCCGCACAGGGCUGGCCUCGGGGAGGUCGGCAGGAGCUCACGCCUGGGGAGGGGGCUGCUUCAUGGGGGUCCCCCCUUCUCUUCGUCUUACUCCCAGCCCAGUCCCGGCCUUCAUGUUUUUGUAAGAUAAACCGUUUUUAACACACACCGCCGUGCUGUAAAUAAGCGAAAUGCUGCUGUAAAUACAGGAAGGACGAGGUCGAGGUUCCGGGGGGAGGGGGGCGCAGGAGGGUCGCGCCCGGCCCACCAGCCCGGCAGGCCUGUCCGGCCCUACCUGCUCUCCUCCUCCAAUCCUUCCAUUUGUACAUAAACUCACUCUAGGAAGAAGACAAAUGACAGAUUCUGACAUUUAUAUUUGUGUAUUUUCUUGGAUUUGUAGUAUGUGACUUUUCUGAUUAAUAUAUUUAAUAUAUUGAAUAAAAAAAAUAGACAUGUAGCUGAAA